CUCGAGGCAACGAUCUCAGAUCGGCCAGCGACAAAGCUGUCGGAGCCAUGCAUCCCCUUUUGACCAGCUCAACCGAAGCAAAUCGAGAAGUGUGAGAGCAGUUCAGUACUUGAGCAUUAAGCUAUAGCCAUAAGCCAUGGCGUCUUUGCCGGCGCCCGAGAGCGAGAGGCCGCCGCCGCCGCCGCCGCCGCACGCCGUGAUGAUCCCGUUCCCGGCGCAAGGCCACCUGACUCCCAUGCUUAACCUUGCCAAGCUCCUCCACUCACGAGGCUUCCACAUCACCUUCGUCAACAACGAGCACAACCACCACCGCCUUUCCCGCUCUCAAUCACAGGGGGGCGCCGCCGACGGCUUAAACAGCCUAGUCCCCGGGUUCCGCUUCGCCGCCAUCGCCGACGGCCUCCCCCCAUCCGUCAACGAAGACGCCACGCAGGAGAUCGUGCCGCUGUGCUACUCCACCAUGAACCUCUGCUACCCGAGGUUCAUGGAGCUCAUCGGGAAGCUCAACGAGGAGGCCCCGCCGGUGACGUGCGUGGUUGCUGACGGGAUCAUGACGUUCGCGCUCCGGGCUGCGAGGGAGCUCGGGCUUCGGUGUGCCACGCUCUGGGCUGCCAGCGCGUGUGGCUUGAUGGGGUACUGGCACUACAAGGAUCUGGUGCAGCGCGGACUCAUUCCUCUCAAGGACGAGGCACAACUGACCAACGGAUACCUGGACACGACCAUUAUCGACUGGAUCCCAGGGAUGCCCAAGGACCUGCGGCUCCGCGACUUCCCAAGCUUCGUGCGAACAGCGGACCCCAAUGACUUUCUGCUCAAAUUCUGCAUCCACGAGGCGGCCGGCAUGUCGCAAGCGUCAGCUGUGGUCAUCAACACCUUCGACGAGCUCGACGCUCCACUCCUGGAUGCCAUGGCAGCGAUCCUGCCACCGGUUUACACCGUAGGGCCACUCCAUAUAACAGUGCGCAACAACAUACAAAAGAGGAGCCCGAUUGCCAGUGUUAGGUCUAAUUUGUGGAAGGAGCAGGAUGCGCCACUCCAUUGGCUCGACAACCGUGCCGCACGCUCCGUCGUGUACGUCAACUUCGGGAGCAUCACCGUCGUGUCGAAGGAGCAUCUGUUGGAGUUCGCAUGGGGUCUGGCAAACACCGGCUACACCUUCCUGUGGAAUGUGCGGCCGGACCUUGUGAAGAGAUCAGAUGGAGAUGGUGAUGAUGAAACACUGGCGCUACCCGCGGAGUUUAAUGCCAUGAUAGAGGGGAGAAGCAUGCUGUCGACAUGGUGCCCGCAGGACAAGGUGCUAGAGCAUGAGGCCAUAGGGUUGUUCCUGACGCACUCGGGGUGGAACUCGACGCUUGAGAGCAUCUCGGCCGGUGUGCCAAUGUUGUGUUGGCCCUUCUUUGCGGAGCAGCAAACCAACUGCCGGUACAAGUGCACGGAGUGGGGAAUUGGGAUGGAGAUCGGCGACAAGGUGACAAGGGCCGAGGUGGAGGGCUUGAUACGGGAGGCCAUGGAGGGUCGCAAGGGGCAGGAGAUGAGGCACCGGGUGAUGGAGCUAAAAGAGGGCGCAGUAACCUCCGCGCAGACUGGUGGCAGGUCCAUGCACAAUUUUGAUCGUCUUAUCGCCGAGGUGCUGCUCGCAUGAAGGUUCUAUGUGUCGGUUCUUUGCGUCAAUUUGUAUAUCCGAGUGACAAGAUUUUCUUUAAUGUAAUGUAUGUAGCUUUUGGCUAUCUUGUAUGUUUGCUAUUAUUCACUUAACUAGCAGAGUGGCCUGCACAAUUGCACGUACACAAUUUUGAUGUCUUAUACUACUCUCAACAUAGAAGUUUUGUAAAGUCAUCUGAUUUACUCUAUUACGUGUCUAUCCGUAUUUUUUCCUAA